AUGGCUGAUCUGGGGGGCCAACAGGGCCGGAACUACCGGCCUCAUGGACAUCCAUCCUCCUUUCAACGGGACGCUGCCUUCUCUGAGAUCUUCGGCGGGGCACCGCCCCCCGGUCGUUCCCAGACAAUGACAUCGCAGACUCCUAUGUUCUCCCAGGACCGAGCUCACACAAUGACCUCACACGUGCCACAUCCUCAGAUGCAGAGGGGCCCGCCGCCGCCGACACGCCAGAUGCCGAAUGGGUAUGGAGCUCCUCCCUCGAACUAUUACCAGGCAUAUCCCGGGUCCCCAGGCGCGCCUUCUCAACCCCCUCCGCAAAGCGCUCCCCGACCCUAUCCCGGACGUUUCGCCUAUCCGCAACCCCAACGGUUGGAUUCACGCCCCGCCCCGGGUCCGCAGUAUCCGGACGCGAAGGGAUACGGUCGCCCGAUGCCCCCUCCUGCCUUGAACUCGGAUACUUAUAGGUCCAGAUCGAUGGCCAGAAUGGGAGGACCCCCGGGUUAUCCCCCUCAACCGAACAGCUUCAAUCACACUUCCGCAAGCGCGUUCCGCCAACAACCGUAUAAUGCGGCUGCCCCGAUGACCGCGCAAGGCCGAGUGGUGCCGGAGCGACAUGGAAAUGAGCGGGCGAUGUCGAUGACCUCGUACUCGGCGGACCGCGAACCCACGCAUACUAUGAGCACGGGACGGGUCAUUCCCAGCCGAAGACAGCCGUCAGGCCCGAGUCAGCCUCCGGUCAAGGGCUACGAGGCUGAGCCGACGCUUCCCCCGCAGGCCAAUGGCAAGCCCCGUCCGCCAAGCGACGGUUCGACGAACUCGCGGUCGAUGUCCAUGGCCUCGACUGUGGUUCCUGACCGGACCAUGAGCAUGCAAAGCCAGCUGACACACAAGCCGAGCACCCAAGCGACCGUGACUGCGAGUAAUUCCCGCCGGAGCAAGGUGCCUCUGGUCUAUCCGGCUUUGCUCUCGCGGGUGGCCGACAACUUCCGGGAGAGGAUCCCUCUAGCCGAGCGGCAGAAGAACGGGCUAUCCUAUCAGAAUUCCUUCUCCGGCGCCGAUGCCGUGGACCUGAUCGGCUACAUCAUCAAGACGAACGAUCGCAACUUGGCUCUUCUGCUCGGUCGCGCCUUGGACGCACAGAAGUUCUUUCACGAUGUAACCUACGAUCACCGUCUCAGAGAUGCUGCUGGCGAGCUCUACCAGUUCAAGGAGACCGUGGGAGAGGAAACCCCUGGCUCCGAGGUCAACGGAGUUUUUACCCUGCUCACCGAAUGCUACUCGCCCACCUGUACUCGCGACAGCUUGUGUUACUCGAUUGCUUGCCCACGACGACUGGAACAGCAGGCGCGUCUGAACUUGAAGCCGCAGCCUGGUUUGCGAUCAUCUGCCUCGAAAGGGAGUCUGCAUGGGGAUGACGACGACAACGAUAACCAGAAGCUCUGGAUCAAUAUGGUCCCCAAGGAGAUAUCUGACAGUGUUGAUGACCGGGAGAAGAAGCGUCAAGAGAUCAUUUUCGAAAUCAUGUACACGGAGCGUGACUUUGUGAAGGACCUGGAGUAUCUGCGUGACUUCUGGAUGAGGCCGUUGCGCGCGGCCGGUAGCACAAGCACCUCUCCGAUCCCGGAACAUCGGCGGGAGAAGUUCAUUCGCACGGUGUUUGGCAACUGCUUGGAGGUGCUGAAAGUCAACGGCGGCCUAUGUGAGGCCCUCAAUGCCAGACAGAAAGAAAACCAUGUGGUGCAAACCGUCGGCGAUAUCUUCCUUCAGCACGUGCCGCGUUUCGAUCCGUUCAUCAAGUACGGUGCCAAUCAGCUGUACGGAAAGUACGAAUUCGAAAAGGAAAAGGCCUCCAAUCCGGCUUUCGCAAAGUUUGUCGAAGACACGGAACGUCUGAAAGAGUCCCGGAAACUUGAAUUGAACGGAUACCUUACCAAGCCGACGACCCGUUUGGCCAGAUACCCGCUGCUCCUCGAACAAGUCAACAAGAACACGGCGGAAGACAGUCCGGACAAACAGGAUAUUCCCAAUGCCAUCAAACUGAUCAAGGAAUUCUUGUCCCGCGUUAACGCUGAAAGUGGAAGAGCAGAGAACCAUUUCAACUUGGUGCAGCUGAACGCCGCGCUCAAGUUUGCUCCCGGGGAUUAUGUCGAUCUCAAAUUGACCGAGGAGAACCGCCAGAUGCUGACCAAGAUGGCGUUCAAGAAGACUACCUCCGACACCUCGGAGGUGACCGCCUAUCUCUUUGACCACGCUGUGUUACUCGUCCGAAUCAAGGUCGUCAACAAGCGCGAGGAGUAUCGGGUGUACAGGAAGCCUAUCCCGCUGGAACUUCUCGUUAUCGCGCAGAUGGACGAAGUCAUCCCCAAGGCCGGGGUGUCCAAACGACCGUCGUCUAGUCUACUCUCGAACAAACCGGUGCCAGCUCCUCCCACCACAAAGGACGGGCUGCCAAUCACCUUUAGACAUCUUGGAAAAGGCGGUUACGAGCAGACACUAUAUGCCACGUCACCCACCCAAAGGAGAAAGUUCAUUGAGAUGGUGGAAGAACAGCAGAGGAAACUCAGAGAGCGCAACAGCAAUUUCUACAACAAGACCGUGAUUUGCGAGAACUUCUUCUCGGCCAUCAAUCGCGUGAACUGCUUAGUUCCUGUCGAUGGUGGCCGAAAGUUGGUCUACGGAACAGACAGUGGUAUCUACCUCUCGGAACGUUGGCCUAAAGAUAAGUCGGCGAAGCCCCGACGCGUCCUGGACGUUAGUCAAGUAACGCAAAUCGACACGCUCGAAGAGUAUCAACUACUCUUGGUGUUGUCAAACAAGACCCUUUCAUCGUAUCCCAUGGAAGCUUUGGAGAUCACCGAGGGCCAGAACACCAUGGCCAAGCGACCCAAAAAGAUUCAAGGCCACGCAAAUUUCUUCAAGGCGGGCAUUGGGCUGGGGCGGCAUUUGGUGUGCUCGGUCAAGACUUCGGCUCUUUCUACUACCAUCAAGGUCUACGAGCCCAUGGACAACCUGGCAAAGGGAAAGAAGAAGUCUGCCGUCAGCAAGAUGUUCCAGGGCGGCCAGGAUACGCUGAAGCCUUUCAAGGAAUAUUAUAUCCCCGCAGAAUCAUCUUCGAUCCACUUCCUUCGUUCAACUCUGUGUGUCGGAUGUGCUCGUGGAUUUGAAGUCGUCAGUCUGGAAACCACGGAGACACAGUCUCUCUUGGACCAGGCUGAUACGUCGCUUGAUUUCGUGGCCCGGAAGGAGAACGUGAAGCCCAUUCACAUUGAGCGAAUGAACGGAGAAUUCUUGCUGAACUACAGCGACUUCUCAUUCUUCGUCAACCGAAACGGCUGGCGUGCUCGCCCCGAUUGGAGGAUCUCAUGGGAGGGCAACCCGAAUGCGUUUGCACUAUCCGAUCCUUACAUUCUCGCAUUCGAACCGAACUUUAUCGAAAUCCGGCAUAUUGAGACCAGUGAACUAAUUAAUAUUAUGACGGGGAAGAACAUCCGCAUGUUGCAUUCCUCUACCAGAGAGAUCCUCUAUGCAUAUGAAGACGAAUCUGGCGAAGACGUGGUGGCCAGCUUGGAUUUCUGGAACAAGCCACAGCAUUAA